GGGCCAGCCCCUCCCUCCCAGCCCCCCAGCGUCACCCCCCAGCCCCCGAGCUGGAGCACACACCUUGGGAAACCGUGUUCCACUUCCUGAGAGCAAGCCCAGGGUUGGACCAGAGGUCAGAAGAGGUGGGCGUGGGGCUCUUGGGCCGGACACCGGCGGUGGCACCGGCCGAGGGCGACAUGGCCGAGGAGCAGGACCUGUCGGAGGUGGAACUGAGCCCAGUGGGCUCCGAGGAGCCCCGAGGCCUGUCCCCCGGGAGCGCCGCGUCGCUGGGCCCCGACGGCGGCAGCGGUGGCAUGCGUGCCAGCCCGGGCCCCGGCGAGCUGGGCAAAGUCAAGAAGGAGCAGCAGGACGGCGGUGGCGGCGGUGGCGGGUCCGAGGCCGACGACGACAAAUUCCCCGUGUGCAUCCGAGAGGCCGUGAGCCAGGUGCUGAGCGGCUACGACUGGACCCUGGUGCCCAUGCCCGUGCGGGUCAACGGUGCCAGCAAGAGCAAACCCCACGUGAAGCGGCCCAUGAACGCCUUCAUGGUGUGGGCACAGGCGGCACGCAGGAAGCUGGCGGACCAGUACCCGCACCUGCACAACGCCGAGCUCAGCAAGACGCUGGGCAAGCUCUGGAGGCUGCUGAACGAGAGCGACAAGCGGCCCUUCAUCGAGGAGGCCGAGCGGCUGCGGAUGCAGCACAAGAAGGACCAUCCAGACUACAAGUACCAGCCUCGGCGGCGCAAGAACGGCAAAGCAGCGCAGGGCGAGGCCGAGUGUGGGGGAGCCGAGGCGGAGCAGGGCGGGGCCAUCCAGGCACACUACAAGAGCGCCCACCUGGACCACCGGCACCCCGGGGAGGGCUCCCCGAUGUCGGAUGGGAACCCCGAACACCCCUCAGGCCAGAGCCACGGCCCCCCGACCCCGCCCACCACCCCAAAGACAGAGCUGCAGCCUGGCAGGGAUGCCAAGCGGGACGGGCGUGCACUGGGGGAGGGCGGGAAGCCCCACAUCGACUUCGGCAACGUGGACAUCGGUGAGAUCAGCCACGAGGUCAUGUCCAACAUGGAGACCUUCGACGUGGCCGAGCUGGACCAGUACCUGCCGCCCAACGGGCACCCGGGCCAUGUGGGCAGCUACUCAGCCGGCUACGGGCUAGGCAGUGCCCUGGCAGUGGCCAGCGGACACUCGGCCUGGGUCUCCAAGCCACCCGGCGUGGCCCUGCCAGCCGUGUCACCACCCGGUGUGGAUGCCAAGGCACAAGUGAAGACGGAGACGGCCGGGCCAGGGGGCGCGGGCCACUACGAGCAGCCGGCGGGUGCCCAGCUCCCCUACACCUCACUCAGCCUGCCCCACUACGGCUCUGCCUUCCCGUCCAUCUCCCGACCGCAGUUCGACUACGCUGACCACCAGCCCUCGGGACCCUACUACAGCCACUCGGGCCAGGCGCCCGGCCUCUACUCGGCCUUCUCCUACAUGGGGCCCUCCCAGCGGCCCCUCUACACGGCCAUCUCUGACCCCAGCCCCUCAGGGCCCCAGUCGCACAGCCCCACGCACUGGGAGCAGCCCGUGUAUACGACGCUGUCCCGGCCCUGAGGGAUCUGGCUGGCCACCACCCCUCGCCCCCUGCCCCUCCGGGUAGCACCCCCUUGAUCCCCGCCCCCUAAGUCCCUCACUCACCUCCGGCCUGGUGGUGGCCGUUGAGGGAGGCGCAGAGGCAGGUUGGAGAGGCCACGACCCCCUCUGCCUCUAGGCUGUCCCCAGUUGUGAAGACAGACGGGGACUGGAAAAAGAGGGUAAAAAGGGCCCCCAGGAAUGACCCUUUAGCCCAGGACCCAGACGGGCUGGCUUCUUCCCCUCCUGGAAGUGGGGUGGUGGAGAAUGAUUUGGGGGGCUCACAGACCCAGGGGUCAGGGUCCCUGCGGCUGAGGACAAAUUGGAGGGAGCAUUUGAGGGGUUCAAUAGGAGGGCCUUCCUCGAGGCUGGCAGGCUCUGGGGCCCCAAGCUGUGCCAAUGGCCUCGUGCUAGAACGCCCCAAGGGUCCCCAUCCUGGGGCAGGAGCUCGCAGGUAGAACUGAGAAGAUCCCAGCCUGCCCACAGCCCCCAGAUCCCCAUCCCCAUGGCCCCUGCUGCCGGCUCCUUCCUGCUAGGGUGGGGCCACCUCCUUGCUCCCGGAGACGCAGGACCCCAGCAGGACCCCACCGCAGCUUGUGGGUGCUGGCUGCAACCCCUGCCCCAGCCCCGCUGAGCCUCUGCCUACCCCCCCUGAAUCAAGUCUGUAGCUGUGUGCCCGCCCCAUGCCCACACCACCCCCCAUGUAACGCACCCUGCUCCUUCUUAUUUAUCUGUAGCUCCGGCCCGUUUGGGGCCCCCCUGUUAACCGCAGUAAGUGACCUGUAAUAAAGCGAGAGGCCGCGGCCUCGCCUGGCCUGUC